AUGAAAUUGAAAGCAAUGAUGAGAUUAGAAGUCAAUGGGAUUGAAAGUAAUGAUGAGAUUGGAAGUAACAAUGGGAUUGAAAGUAAUGAUGAAAUUGAAAAUGACAAUAAGAUUGGAAGUAACAAUGGGAUUGAAAGUAACAAUGAAAUUGAAAAUGAAUAUGAAGAUGCUUUUGCUGCAGAUGAGACAGAAG